AAGUUCUGUCUAAUAUUCUAUAUAAAACCAACAUUGAUCAAAGUUAACAACAAACCAAGUAUCUAAAUUAACAUUAACAUCCACAUCAAUUAUUCCUUUAAUGGAGACAGAAGAGUUAACUAUUAAUAAUACAAGGCAGGCAUUCUAUCAAGCAUCAUUGAAUAACAACAAUGGUGGCUUAAGAACCUUAAUAAACACCUUCAAUCUGAGCAGAGUUUCAUUUUCAUUCUCUCCAUUCGGAGAAACCCCAUUACACAUAGCAGCUGUGCUUGGAAAUCUGGAGUUAUGUGAGAUUCUUCUAAGCAAGGAACCAAGUUUAGCCACGGACGUUGUCCUCUUCAUCUUGCUUCAGCUGAAGGACACACUAAGAUAGUGAAAGCUCUGGUUAUGGAGAAUUCGGACACGUGCUUGAUCCAAGACAAAGAUGGUAACCUUCCUCUUCACUUGGCUGCGUCAUUGAAGAGUUGAUAAGAUUGAAGCCAUGCUCUGUUUGGAAGAUGGUUGAUGUGUUAGGUGUAAUCACCUUGAGGCCUUGAAAUUCAUAGUGGAAUCAGUGCAUGGAGCCAAACAGCUCCUAUAUGCCAUUGAUAAAGAUGGUAACACACUUCUGCAUUUAGCAGUGAGUCUUCGCCAAGUUAAGGUACUAUAGUGAUGCAUACACCAAACCAAAGCUUUCAUUUAAUCAUGUAUUGUUGUUGUAUUAGUAAUUAAAUCAUGCUUUUCUUGGUUUAUAUUAACUUAAAUCAAUUUUCGAAAAUUGUUUUGACAAAUUUUAAUUACUAAAACAAUUCCUACGUCAAAUGUUAGUAUACUGAAUGAACUUAUUUGAAAAUUUUAAAAGUUUUUUUGUAUUUUUUAAAUGAAUGUAGGGUUAGUCAAGUAGUAAUCAGAACUUUUUGUUUAACUUGUUUGCAGAUCAUAAGAUACUUACUUUUGCUAGCCGAGAUAAGAACAGCAGCAAAAGCUAUGAACAGGAAGGGUCUAACAGCUUUGGAAGUAUUGGAUCAUUGUCCAAGAGAUUUCAUAAGCCUCACAAUUGAACACAUUUUAAUUGAAUCCAGAAUUCAAAGGCUAAGAGACAUACCAAUUUUUAUUCCACAACAACCACCAAGAGCAAGAAGAAUCACAUGAACAACUAAGCAGUAAAUGGAAAAAAUGGGAGAAUUUCUACACAAAAUAUCUACAAUACCAAGGAAAUUGGAUAGAAGAGACACGUGGCACACUCAUGGUGGUGGCAACUGUGAUAGCAACAAUGACAUUCCAGGAGGGGUAUGGCAAGAAAAUACAAGAAAUGGAGGGCAUAGCUGCAAAUCCUAUGGUGUGUGUGAAGCAGGAACUGCAGUUGUAGGGUAUGUUUGGUCAGAGGACUAUGUGAGAUUCAUGUUCUUCAACACUAUAUCUUUCUUUGCAUCACUUUGUGUGGUGCUCAUUCUCAUUAGUGGGUUCCCACUUAAGAACAAGGUCGUCAUGUGGGUUUUGACCAUUGACAUGACCAUUGCCGUAAGCUUCAUGCUUUUGACAUAUCUGUGGGCAUUGGGUUUGGUGGCACCUGAUCAACUUUAUUAUAGAUUUUAUAAAAUUGGAUUUCUUCUUGGGGGUUCUUGGUGUAUCAUACUCUUAGGUAUUGCUUUGAUUCAAACAGCUCGCUUACUCUUUUGGAUUAAGAAGAGGAACAUAAUUAGGGCAUCUAGAUCUGCAAUGGGAUGUUAACCAACAAUUAAUGCCAAAUUUUGUCAAGGUUCCCUUAUGUAUUACAUACUUAUGACGUUUUAGCAACUCAAGUAAUUAUUAUUAAAUAUAGGGUAAAUUAAAUUAGUCCUCUACGU